AUGUUCAAGAAACUAAUUCAAGCUGUUUUACUUGCUGCUCUCAUUAACAACACUAUACAGAGGAAUGUUCAAACCAGGACGAUAAUCGAUUUAAAAAAGAUACUAAACACUAUCAACGACAACAUGGACAACCGUAAUGAUGUAACGAAUCUUCGGACGAAAAACAGACAACAAACACUCAGAAACCCCGAUAAUGACAACAAUGCGGAUAGAAUCGACGUCGAUAUGCUUAACGCGUUCAUCAAACGUGUAGUAAAUAACAAUAACAAAUUCAACGACCAAGAUUUUGAUAGAUUCCUUCGGAACGCGAAAGACAACUUGUGCGCAAAAACAGGAAGAUGUGGAUGCAGCGGACCAGGCAGAUGUGACGACAAGAAAGUAAGUAAUCAAAAAACAGUCGAUGAAGUUGAAACCUUUAUAAAUAACCUGCAAGAAAAAUUAGAUAAAGACAAUCAAGAAACUAGCAGUGAGGUGGAAUCCGAAAAAGAAAAUGAUAAUGUACAAAACAAUGAAAAAAUAUCGCAUGAUAAUGAAAAUGAGGAUGACGGAUAUUUUAGUAUUAAAAUAGAUGACAAAAAUCAUCCAAACACCCGCGUUAACUUGUUAAUAGUCAACGAUCUCGCAGAUCUAGAGGAUCUAUUAAGACAAAAUAUUUUACCUCAAGCGAUAGACGCAGAAACAUUGAAAAAAUUAAACUCCGAUAAUUUCCCUCACCACGGCGCGCGCCACAAGACCAGAAAUGAUGUAAAAGCCAUCAUUGUCGAUCUUGGUAAGUUUUAUAACGAUACAGAAUUAUUAGAUAAGGAGGAAGACUCUGCUUUUCCACGGUCGGUAUUACUCGAACAGGAAUCUUCUAAUCCUAAUGAAUUCGUCGAUAAUUUUAACCACUUAAAAGAAAAGGUAAUUAAUUCGUUUACAAAUUUUGUAACGAAUAAAAAUGCCAAGAGACCAAACUUGUCAGUACUUACCAACACGCAGAAAAGUAAAAUCAGAGUCCUCAAAGGUAAAAUGAGAAUAAAUAAACAGAAACUUACGAAACAAGAUUUGAAAUCUGAAAUUAACGACAUUAUGUUUGGGAAGAACAGUAAAGUUAAAUUUGUACCAUCAAAUGAUAAUUCCAACAAUAUUAUUGUACCAAAUUGGAUCUAUAAAUUAAUUGUUAACUCUAAGCCCGUCGCAUACUUAAGAGAACCUAAAAGAGUACUUCCAUUAACGGGCAAACAAAAGAAUCGAUUGUUUAAUAAAAAGAAAACUUGGAGACAAAAACCAGAAAUAAGUAGGAUUUGGCGUCGCAAUUUUGGUCAAAAUAUACAACAAUAUGGAGUACCGUUUGAGCUUGCUGUUGAGGGUCUUGCUCAAUACAACGAUGAUAAUGAGUAA